AGUGGCUCCUGUGGGGCCCGGGUGAACCAGAAGCUGCGGUUUUGGGGCCGUGGGUCCCCCUGCCGCCCCCAUUCCCGGGCGGCAGCGCCCGUCCGGGGACAUUAUGCUUUCCCGUCCACUCCCCCCGCUGCUGGGCUGCCUGCCCUCCACGCAGGAGACGAGGGAUUUCACAACCCAGCCCAGACAGGAUUAAAGAGAAAUACACAAGUAAACAAAUCGCGGCCUCGUAACGCUGGACGUGCUGUGCAGGGACUGGAUCCUCCAGGCCGUCAAACUGCCCCUGUCAGAGGAAAGGAGUUGCUUCCUGUUAUUUCCAUUGAAAUCCUUGUCCCGGUCGUUAGCCGGCAGGCUUUGGCAGGAUGGCACCGCGCGCGCACAUGAGCUCCGGCCGCGUCUCCCGAGGGCUGCUGCUGCUCUGGGUGCUCCUGGGGGCUGGCCUUUAUCAGACGGACUCCGUGACAACAACAACAACGAGCUUCAGCCAGGAUGCUGGGACAAGCCCACCCAUGGCCAUGUCCAACAGGACAGCCCAGCUUAUGGUGGGGAAUUACAUCGACCUCACACAGCAGUGCUGGAAUUACUUCGUCGAGCUGAUGAGCAAUGUGACGACAUCAGAGAUGUGCGAGUGGAAAGUCAUCAGCAGGCCCUACAGCGAGCUGCGGGCCUGCCUGGAGGACUGGGCCGAGCACCUGAACUACAGCUACCCCAACGCCCUGGCCGAGCAGUACAUCUUCCAGAGCCAUUACCUCUACUUCCACAACUGCACCCUGGAGCAUCCAGUGUACUUCGACCCGCCCGAAGAUGUGCUCCUGGCCAUGAUCAUCGCACCCAUCUGCCUCAUCCCCUUCCUUGUCACCCUGGUCAUCUGGCGCAGCAAGGACGGCAAGGCGCAGGCCUAGAGCUGCCCUCCCGUCCCACUGUGGGGCUGCCCGACCACCCGAACCGCCCGGUGGGCUCUCGGGGCUACCAACCCGCGCUGCUGAGGCGGCCGGUUCCUCCUGCGCCUUCCCCACCCUGCGGCCCGGGAUUAAACGUUUCUCCCUCCA